AUUUUCCACCACUCAACAAGCCAAAAAUGCAGAGCCCACGCGCUUCAGCAUCACCAGAGCCUCGACGAAAUGAGACGGAUGAUCAGCGAGAGUUCAAGGCAAUUUCGACAAAUACCGAAAAAAUGCACGAAUACCGUAUGUCAAAGCUUCGAGAAAGUCUCAAAGACGCCCGGAAAACCAAUUGGAUUCACGUGGGAAACGCGUUCCGAGACCCACUUCCACCGCAUUCGUCGAAACCUUAAUUAAGCUCCGCCCACUUUUUAUUGAUUUUUUUUUGCGAAAAAAUUAUUUAUUUGUAUAUCUCUAUGCUUAUUUGAAUCUCAUUGUCUAUUUGAAAUAAAUAUUCUGAAAAUU